GCACCGUCGCCCGCUGUGGAUAAAACCUCGUUUGGAUCAGUAAAACAAGGAGAAAUCUAAUACCGUUUCUGCUCUCAUUUGGUAUUCAUCUCUGCGUCCUUUAAACCGACUCGACUGAUUGUGUGAUCUGUCUUUGCCGCUGCAGUCAGCAUGUCUGCGAAGUCAAGUGAGGAAUCUGGUUUGGAGGGGAAAUGGUUUGGAGAAGAAUACGAGAGGAAUGGCUUAUACGGGAGUACUCGAUCCCAUUUUGACGAUACUCGGGAUGAUGUGCAGUCGAAAGGCUGGGAGGAUGAGCUGAACUCGCCGAAACAACAACUCCAUCAAUUUGAUAACGAACGGAAAGGGCCUUCCGUUGCCAUGGAAACUGCAUCUACAGAUGAUUCUCUUUCUGAUAUGUUCCUGAAGUCUUCAUCUAGGGAUGAGGAUCUCUACACCUCUCUUCUCUCAUCCAAGAACAACCCUUUCAGCGGGGGUGCUCCUCUCUUCCCAACUGAGCCUAACCGCUCACCCCCAGCACCUGCUGGCACUGACUCAGGCAUUGGGAUGACCCCUGGAGAUCCCUCUGAUCUGCACACUGCUCUUCAAGGCUCGCACAAGACUGAAGCCUACAACUACAUGGACAUCAGCCACAGUGGCGACAGCCUCUCUGACUUUGGACAUCUGCAGUCGAAGAAACAGCAGCAGCAUGCAGGCAGUCACUUUGAUGAUGACCUCCAGGAUCAUAAGCAGAAGAGCUCCAUGAAGGAUGUUGGUGAAUCCGACCUGGACCCCUUUGACCUGGGCCGCUAUCUGGAGAAGAGCCCUCCUGGACAGGGUGAGACAAAAGGAAACCUUGGCUCUGCUGGUGGUCAGCAUUCAUUUCCAUAUGUGGAGGACCCAUCGGAUGAGGAGGCGUCUGACUACAGGUCUUACCGCAUGAUGGGCACCCCACAGACAGCCAGCCCAGUGAAGAUCACUGUAACGGCAGAGUCCCGUGCACAGCCUGGACGUGUUUCUCCACAGGGGGGUUUAUCUGAAAGAGAGAGUGUGCUCAGCUUUGGUCAGCAAGGUGUCCCUACAGUGACUCUGUCAGAGCCGGAAGAUGACAGCGCUGCCUCCUCUGCAAACCACUCCCCCACAGGACGAGAGUCUCCCUCUGAUAUCUUGUUCCAGCCUGCGGGGAUGAGGUCAGGGAACUCAGCUCAAGAGAAGAGUGCUAAGUCAUCCUCAUCUCCUAGAAUGUCCAGCGGAGAGCCAGUUAAGCCUACUUCUCCAUGGGAUAUGUCUGGAUUUGGGGCCAGAAAUCUGGAAGGAAGUGGGGAUGAGUCUGGAGACUCUGAGAUUGAACAAGUAGCUGAGGAACCCGAUUCACCCAAAGGUGGCAUCUCACCCAAAACCCAAAGCAGUAAAGGGAGCAACCCAUUUGAGGCAUCCAGCACCAUUAAGGGGAGUUUUGGUCAAGCUAGCAAUCCUUUUGAGCAGUCUCACACCAACAAGGAGAACGUUAGCCAAGCUAACAACCCAUUUGAGCAGUCCAGCAAAAACAAGAGAGGGGUCAGUCAAUCUGGCAACCCAUCAGCUCCUCUUUACAGCCUGCUUCGUGAGGAGAGGGAGGCAGAGCUUGACAGUGACCUCCUCAUUGAGUCUGCAUCUGAAGAAAGCCCCAAGAGAGAGCAGGGCUUCUCUGCCCCGAAACUGCCUGACGUCACCUCCACCUCAACUCCAAGCCUAAUCCCCUCAUCUCCAGUUCCUACAAGUCGACCUCUGGCCUCUGCCCCCGUUACUGCUGAACCCCCAUCCAGCACUCUGAAUGAUAAACAGCCACUGGUAAACAAAACAACCACUGCCCAGGCAGAAGACAGCUGGUCCAUCAAACCCCGACCUGCUGCCACAGGAACAUCUGUGUCUGUGAAAGAGCCUGCCCAGCAAGAGUGGGAAAGCAAGAGCAGGGGCAGCACCGAAGGCAAGAAUGAGGUUACAGUACCUCUCGUCCUGCAGGGAUUCAACAAACAGAAAGCGAUAGAUCUGCUGUACUGGCGGGACGUGAAGCAGUCAGGCCUGUUGUUCGGCAGCGUGCUCUUGCUCCUCUUCUCUCUGACCCAGUUCAGUGUGGUUAGCGUGGUGGCCUACCUGGCCCUGGCCGCCCUCUCCGCCACCAUCAGCUUCAGGGUUUACAAGUCUGUGCUCCAAGCCGUGCAGAAAACCGACGAGGGCCACCCCUUCAAGUCAUAUCUGGAAGUGGAGAUUGCUCUGUCUCCAGAGCAGAUCAGUAAAUAUGUGGAUAAGGCUCAGCUCUAUGUCAACUGUACUCUAAAAGAGCUACGCAGACUCUUCCUGGUACAAGACCUGGUUGACUCCAUAAAGUUUGCAGUGCUGAUGUGGCUACUGACGUACGUGGGAGCUAUAUUCAAUGGCCUGACUUUGCUCAUUCUAGCUGUGGUCUCCAUGUUCACCAUGCCUGUGGUCUAUGAGAAGUACCAGACACAGAUUGACCAGUACCUGGGGCUAGUCCGCACCCAAGUAAACUCAAUCAUGGGAAAGAUCAGGGAGAAAGUUCCAGGGGCCAAGCGAAAGGAUGAGUAAACUCCCGGUUUAUAGUGAGAAAACUACUGCAUAUACAAGUACUGAAAGACACCCCCCCAAACACAACGAGGGCCAAGAUGUCAGCUUAAAGAACAUAACGAUUAAAUAAAGUACGUCAGCAAAGCGGCAUUCCCACAGAAAGCCAAAGCCGCCAAUCAGUGGAGAGGCCACCAGCCCUUAAAACGCUACCACGCUAAAAUCACUCGCAUUAAUUCACUAAUAUGUAUAUUGAGGUAUAGGUCAAUUAUAGCUAAAAGGACAUGAAAUGCUUUUUUUUUUCUUUUUUUGCGUUGCUUUUGAUUAAAUGCAUGAAGUCAAGUCUUGAGUAAAAUUCUACUUGCUACCUUUACGAUGCUUUCUGUUUCUUUUCCCGCUUUCUUUUUGCUGUGCUUUUGACUAACUGUAAAAUGUGGCACAAAAAAAAAAAGAAGUUCUGCUUGCUUUGGUCUUUUUGCUGCCAUUCUAACAAACUGCUUUAUUGUCACAUGAAGUCGCGGGCGGAUGUACACCCAGUGUAUACAUACGUACAUACAUA